GUGCAUUCAGCUUUGUUAUUGGUCGUCAUCAGUUGUGUCGAGGAAAAACAUGAACGGCCAGCUGUUUUUGUUCUUCUCAGUGUUUAAAAUUCACCAUGAAUCUAAAUUGAAUAGUGUCAAUUCAUCUUGAAACCGUGACAUUUUGUGGAUUGUGAGUGAUUAUUAAUUUGAAGAUACAAAAUUGUUUCGCCAAAGGCAGCACACUCAGAUACAGAUAGCUGCGCGGUGACUGUGCGGGACUAUCAGUGUAGUGUUGUGGUGGUGAUGUGGUAGUGUCUUUGGUGGAUGCGAAGGCCGCGGUGGCUUCAUCGCCUGGGCAUGUUGCCAGGCAGUUAGCGGUGUAGGCGGCCUGCGCAGGCCCCUAGGAAGCAGCCGCGUGUCAUCUAGCGUCUAUGGCCGAGCAAAACAUUACACCGUCGUCGUCGCACUCUGCACUUACUCGGGAGUCCAGCAGGUCUUCUCACAGCAGGGUGGUGGGCGGUCGGGGGUCGCGCGCGCGCCUGUCGAGCCACAGCCGCCGAGCGGGCCGCCACGCGACGCCGCCGCCGGAGCCGCGCCGCAGCUCGCGCCUCGUGUCCGCGCAGCCCCGCUCCGACUACUCGCUCGCCGAGCGCUGGUCCUACGGCGCCGACGUCACCUACGAGACGCGCCUGGGCGACCAGCCCUCCGCCGCCGCCAAGCGACCCCGCACCUCCUCGCAUGACAGGAAGAAGCACAAGAGCCACUCCUUCUCCAGCACCGACGACUGCAUCGCCUACUGCACGCGCUCACGGACUGCUCUCCGGACCAGCGAGAGCGCCUGUGAGCCGGACGUGAACCCCGCGCCCCCCGAGCCCCCCGCGACCCCCGCGCACCCCUCCGCCGAGGGCCUGCUGCCGCUCGACGAGAGGGACUACGCCUACUCGCCGUACAGCUCGUCCACUGUCACAGAGCUAGUCGACUCGGACUACUCGGUGUACAGUCCGACCACACACAGGAGUAAAGGGAAGAAGAGGAAGCGAUCUACGCAUCGCUCCUUGCCGACCAGAAAGAAUAGUUAUACACUUAGCUUAGAGGGGUACACUAAGAAGUUUAAAAUAGAUUUACAAAAAGAAGCAGCGGAGACUAGCAAGGAAGCUGCCGCCGAGUGGAAGUACUCGUGCGACGCGCGCGCCGAGCCGAGCCAGCCGUCGCCGGCCUGCGCCUACCCGCUGCGCAGCCGCCCGCCCCGGGACCUGGGCCCGCCCACCGCCACCGUCACCAGGGAUCACUCAGCGAGCCCGGCGCGCCACGACGCAAGCCACGAGCGACCAGACUCCACCACCCCGCCGCCUAAACAUUCACAAGAAGCAGGUUCGUCGAAGGCGCACAGUUCGGGCAGCAAGCUGCUCAUAGUGCCCCGGGAUCUCCCGUAUUUGAGACAGACUAACGCUCGAAGGAGUAUCGCAGCUGCGACGGGUGCGACGCUGGGCGCGUGCCUGACGCGGGGAGCGGGCUCGUCACAGCGCCAGCGGCAGGACACUGCGACCAAGCGACAGGUGUCGGGCAGCGAGGGCGCUGCGAGCGCGGCGGGCGGGCGGCGGGCGCGGCCUCGAGAUAUGCCGCAGCCGCAGCCGGCGUCCACGCGUAGGGACAAACGAGGCAAAAGCAGCCUGGGUUCGUGUGCGAGCACUGGCGGCGCGUCCGGCCGGUCCCACCCCCAGCCGAUAACCACGGGUGCGGUGGCCUCGACGUCGUCGUCUCCGCCGGCGUCCGGCUCCUCGGCCUCGAUGCCAGACAACGCCGCCAGCGAAGCCAAGCCUAAGGGCAAAGCAGUCAAGGGGCUAAUCCAAUAUUUGAACUACGCAGCGUCAUCAUCGACCGAGGAAUGCCUGGGCGGCGGCAGCGGGGGCGCGGCGGCGGCGGGCGCGGCGGCCGAGGAGUCUUCCUCAGAGGAGGGCGAGGUGGGGCGGCUGCAGGCGCUGUUGGAGGCAAGGGGGUUGCCGCCCCACCUGCUGGGGGCGCUCGGCCCGAGGAUGCAGCAUUUGUUGCAUAGGACGGUUACUGCUAAUUCAGCGGCCUCAAAAGCAGCGCAGCUGUUAGCCGGGCUGCAAGCCACAGGGGACGAGGGGCAGCAACUCCAGGCCGUCAUAGAGAUGUGCCAGCUGCUCGUGAUGGGCAACGAGGAUACACUGGCAGGGUUCCCCGUGCGACAGGUGGUGCCCGCGCUGGUGAAUCUGUUGGCCGCUGAACAUAACUUUGAUAUGAUGAACCACGCUUGCCGCGCGCUCACCUACAUGCUAGAAGCCCUACCCCGCUCCAGCGGCGCGGUGGCGCUAGCCGUGCCGGCGUUCCUCGACAAGCUGCAGGCGAUCACGUGCAUGGACGUGGCGGAACAGAGUCUGACGGCACUAGAUAUGCUGUCGAGGCGACACGCCAAGGCUAUAUUGCAGGCUCGCGGCGUGUCAGCGUGCCUCACAUACCUGGACUUCUUCUCGAUCAACGCGCAGCGCGCGGCGCUGUCCAUCACGGCCAACUGCUGCCAGAACCUCACGCCGGACGAGUUCCAUCUCGUGCGGGAUUCUUUACAGCUGCUCGCUAACAGACUAACGCAACAAGACAAGAAGUCAGUAGAAUGCGUGUGCCUCGCAUUCUCUCGCCUCGUGGACAGCUUCCAGCACGACCCGGCGCGCCUGCAGGAGAUCGCCACCCCCGAGCUGUUGACCAACCUGCAGCAGCUGCUGGUGGUCCAACCUCCCCUAAUCUCCGGAGCCACGUUCAUCACGGUGCUUCGCCUCCUCUGGGUGAUGUGCUGCGCGUGCCCGCAGCUGGCGCUGGCGUUGCACCAGCGCUCCAUAGCCGACACGCUGCUGUGCCUGCUCACCGGAUCCACGCUACAGGCGCAUAUUACUACCCACAAUCAAGUGGAACUCCUCCCGCGGUCCCCUCAAGAACUCUACGAGAUCACGUGCCUGAUCGGGGAGCUGAUGCCGCGGCUGCCCACGGACGGCAUGUUCUCCGUGGACGCGCACCUCGAGCGGCCCUGGGCGGCGGCUGCCGAGCGAGCGCCGCACUGGCAGUGGCAGGAUGACCGAGGCGUCUGGCGCUCCUACUCCUGGGCUGAAAGCCGAGCGCUGGAAGCUGGUGCCGCGGCCGGUGAAGAAGAAGUCUGCCUGACCACCCUCGGGCGCUCCUACACCGUGGAGCUGACGGCCAUGCAGCAGCUCAACGACCACACGGGCACCAUGCGGCCCGUGCAGCGCGUGGCGCCCGCGCCGCUGCUGGAGCCCGGCGCGCCGCCCAGCAACACGCCAGAUCCGCGUAUAGCGCUCGUCCGCUCGAACCCGCAGCUGGCUCGCUCGCUCCUAGCGGUUCUACACGAGGUGUACUGGAGCUCGGCGGGCCCCGCCGUGCGCUCGCAGGCGCUCAAGGCGAUCCUGCGCUGUGUGUACUAUGCUGACAACCAGCUGUUGCAGCAGGUCUUGAAGAUGCAGGUGAUAUCCUCGCACAUCGCCGGCAUGAUGGCGUCGACGGACGUGCGCAUCGUGGUCGGCUCUCUGCAGCUGGCGCAGGUGCUGAUGCAGCGGCUGCCCGAGGAGAUGGCGGCGCAGUUCCGGCGCGAGGGCGUGCUGCACCAGGUGGCGCAGCUAGCGCAGCCGCAGCCCAAGACAUCUCCGACGGCCGCCAGCUCGCGCUCCCCCGGCGGCUCGUCCCCGCCCGCGUCCACGUCCAACACGUCGCUCGAGAACGCGAACGCGAACCUGUCGCUCGCGUUCUCCGCGUCCGGCUCCUUCGUGGCCACCACCUUGCGUGAGUUGUUUAUAGCGACUGGCAACGAGGCCAGCGGCACCGAGCCCGGCCCUGCCUCCGCCUCCACACAUCUACACACACCCACUUCUACUCACAGCAGAUCCGGUAGUCCGCUCCAAGCGGCAGAGCUACUGAAGCGCAAGCGCGCAGUAAAACGGCGUCCCACGGGAGCGCCGCAGCGGCACGCGCGCCGGCGGGACGACCCCGCGCCCGCCGCCGCCGCGCCCGCCCCGCCCACACAACACGCUCAGCCGGUAAGCGCGCCAUCGGCGUCCCGGUCGGGCACGCGCGUGGGCGUCGCGUCCAAGACGUCGUCGUUCCUGUCGUCGCUGAACCCGUCGCGCUGGGGCCGCGCGCCGCACAAGGAGCCCGGGCUGCUGGCCGCGCCCAGCCAGGCCGCCAGCCGCGCCGCCGUCAACAAAGAGAAAGUCCGCGAAUGGAUCCAGUGGACAGCAGCGAGACUGCAGCGCGAGUGGGGCGCGCUGGGCGGCGGCGGCGGCGCGCUGGCGCAGCUGUCGGCGCUGGCGGCCGCGCUGCCCGCCGCGCCGCACCCGCGCCUGGCGCUCGAGCAGCUGCGCGACACGCUGUUGCAGCACGACUUGUCGCCCUUCGAGGUGAACCACUCGGGCGUGCUGGGCGCGCUGCUGCAGUUCCUGACGGGCGGCGAGGCCGAGGAGCCGCGCGCCGCCGAGCAGCGCCUGCGCCUGUUCCUGCACGUGUUCGCCGACAUGCCGCUGCAGCCAGACUCACUCGACUGGCAGAGCCACAUCGGCGGCCUCAACGCGUGUUCAGCGCUCCUCUCUCUCGUGGGCAAGGUGAACGCGUGCGUGUCGCAGCUGGAGCAGUUCCCCGUGCGCGUGCACGACCUGCCCGCGCGCCCCGCCGCCUCCGCGCUCAAGCUGUUUAAUACGCACCAGCUCAUGUGUGAUCUCAAACGUCAUCCCAACUGCACCAACCUGAAACAAUGGAAAGGUGGUGUUGUGCGGAUAGACCCCUUAGCUUUAGUUCAAGCCAUAGAAAGAUACCUGGCGCAGCGCGGGUAUGCCACGACGCGCGCGCGCGACGGCUCCACGCCCGCGCUACACUCGGACGAGGAGGCGCCCUCGGACGACGACGUGGAGGACGCCGCCACGCCGCCGCAGCACCCGCCCACCGAUUCGGAGCACAAGCUGGAGUUCCUGAUUGGCGAGACGGUGCUGCCUUACAACAUGACGGUGUACCAGGCGGUCAGACAGUUCGGCGAGCAGACCGACGCCGAUACUGACACGGAGACGCCUCUCGCGAACUCGGGCAUCUGGGUGCAGACGCACACGAUCUACUACCGCGCGGUGGAGGCGCCGGAGCCGCCGCGCGCGCCCGGGCCCGCCUCGCGCAAGGGCAAGGGGCAGCCCACUAAGGUGUCUUCGAGGCGCAAACCGGACUUGCUGUGGAACGAGGGCAUAGUCCCAGCGCGCGAGUCUCCCCUCAUCGUGAUCCUGCGCUCGCCUCUGCUCAGCGCCAACGGUGGUGAGGUCAAGGACGCGUCCCUCCCGGCGCUGGGCGUGCUGCGAGCCCUGCACGCCGUGUCCCGCCACUGGCACACGCUGUACCGCGCCGCCUGCGCGCCCGACCAGCGCCCGCUCAUCCCGCACCACCACUUCAUCAACUCCAAGCUCGCAGCCAAGGCUAGUCGACAACUACAAGAUCCUCUCGUGAUAAUGACCGGCAACCUGCCCGCCUGGCUCAAGCGGAUCGCAUACGCUUGCCCAUUCAUAUUCCCGUUCGAGUGCCGGCACCUGCUGUUCUACGUGGUAUCAUUCGACCGCGACCGCGCGCUGCAGCGGCUGCUCGAGACGGGGGGCGAGCGCGGCGCGGCGGGCGGGGCGGGGGGCGCGGGCGCGGACUCCGAGCGCGUGGCGCCGCGACUCGACCGCCGCAAGCGCACCGUGCAGAGACAGAACGUGCUGCGCCAGGCGGAACACGUCAUGCACGAGUUCGCGCACUCGAAGGCGUUACUAGAGAUACAGUACGAGAAUGAAGUCGGCACCGGCCUCGGCCCGACGCUUGAGUUCUACGCGCUCGUGUCUCAGGAGCUACAGCGGGCGGAUUUAGACCUGUGGCACGGCAGCGAGAACUUCAAACAGAAGCCGACGUCGUUCGGAGGCGAAAUAGUGAAGAGCCAGCCGGCGGUCACAGACCAGCUGGCGUCGUCCGUGCGAGACGCGCUGAACCUCAACGACGACGGCAGCGCCGAGCCGUCGGAGGAGAAGGAGACGUCGAUCCCGUCGCCGGCGCCCGACGCGACCUACGUGUCGUGGCCGUGCGGCCUGUUCCCGCAGGCCAUCGGCCGCAACGCGCGCGCCUCGCACCUGUCGCGCGUCAAGGCCAAGUUCCGCUUCCUCGGCAAGUUCAUGGCCAAGGCUGUUAUGGACUCGAGGAUGGUGGACAUCCCGGUGUCGGUGGCGAUGUACCGCUGGCUGGUGAGCGAGGAGCGGUGGCUGUCGCUGAGCGACGUGCGCCACGUGAGCGUGGAGCUGUGGCGCUCGCUGUGCCGCCUGCACAACGCGGCUGAAAGCGCGCGCUCUAGGCCCGCCGACCAGAUCGGCAGCCUGGAACUGGACGGCUGCCCCAUCGAGGAGCUCGGGCUGGACUUCAUCCUGCCGGGCGACGGCUGCACGGAGCUGCGGCGCGGCGGCCGCGACCUGCCCGUCACGCCGCACAACCUACACAACUAUGUGGCGCUUGUCACGCACUGGCUGCUCUAUGAAGGAGUAAGCAGACAAAUGGAAGCAUUCCGGGAAGGCUUCGAGUCAGUCUUCCCGCUGAGCAAUCUCAAGAUAUUCUACCCAGAAGAGCUGGAGCAAGUCUUCUGUGGUAGCCCUUCAGGCGGUCGCGAGCAGCGCUGGGAGCCGCGCAUGCUGGCCGAGUGCAUCCGGCCGGACCACGGCUACACGGCGGAGUCGCGCGCCAUCCGCAUGCUCAUCGACAUCCUCGCGUCCUACUCGCGCGACGAGCAGCGCCUCUUCCUGCAGUUCGUCACCGGCAGCCCGAGACUGCCCACUGGAGGCUUCAAGUCGCUGAACCCGCCACUGACGGUGGUGCGCAAGUCGCUGGAGUCCUCCCUGGACCCGGACGAGUACCUGCCGUCCGUCAUGACGUGCGUCAACUACCUGAAGCUGCCCGACUACAGCAGCGCCGAGGUGAUGCGCGCCAAGAUGCGCCUCGCCGCCUGCGAGGGGCAGCACUCCUUCCACCUGUCGUGAAUGCCCACUAGUGCCGCCUGUCUCGCACCCACGAACACUCAAAGUGCUGUGCCUGUGCGACCAACCCAAUACCUUUCGUUUUACAUCGGAUUUUUAGAUUACAUAAAUAUGUUUAUAUAUUUUAUUUUGUGUUAAUAUUUAAUGUGAUAGCUUUGUAUAUUUGUUUAUCGUUCGGUACUCUAGGGACGUUGUCUAACUAUAGUGUAUGAUGUAACGGGUCGCGUGCGAUGUAAGCACUCGGCCGCCCGCACUCUCGGAUGCAUGCACUUCGAUAAUCCCUUUCAAGGACCACUCUGGCGAGUCCUGGAGAUAUAAUAGCAUUUAUUACCAAAAGGUGUAUGUUUUGAUUAACAUUUAAGUAUCAUUAAUGAUUAAAGAAAAGUGCAAAAUUUACGAUGUAACAGAUUCAAUAAAACCCUGUAAACUAUCUUGAUCA